CUACGCAGACUCAGUGGCGUCAGUUCAGUAGCGGGGAAACAUGGCACCGACGAUUACUGCGCGUCUGUACUCACUGCUGUUCCGCAGGACUUCCACCUUCGCCCUCACCGUCGUAGUAGGCGCCCUUUUCUUCGAGCGCGCCUUCGAUCAGGGCGCAGACGCGAUCUACGAGCACAUCAACCAGGGGAAGCUAUGGAAACACAUAAAGCACAACUAUGAGAAUAAGGAAUAAUCCCUUGUGCCAAUGGCCAGAAGGAGGGCUUCCACCUGUCACCUGUUUGCCUGGAGCUGGGCCUGCCAGAGGAUGAGUUUGAAGUUACUCUUCAUGGACCAACUGUACAAGCAAGCGGCGGCUCCACCCUACAAACAGACUCUAGCUUCUGCUGUGUUUGAAGUCUAUGACUACAGUUAUCAGUAAAUAAAUGCAGAUUGUUCAUGAGA